GUCCGUACUCUGACAACGACCACUGAAGGAUGGUGGCACAUGCCUCCUGUCAUCUCACUCCUCUAUAAUCGACGGUCUUCAUCUCCAGGUACGGAUUUCCCUACGCUUCUGAUCCAUUUUUCCUCCAUUAUCACUUCCACUUUUCUCUACUCUACUCUCUGCUUCAGGUCGACUACGGUCGGUCGGAUCGGGAUCCAAUAUCCACCCCCUAUAUAACCCCCUUCCAUGCUCCACUCUCUCUCCUUUCUUUUCACUAUUUUUUUCAACUUUUUCGAUAGCGAUCGGGGACAAAAGUUCACUCAUGGCGAUGUUUCAGAACAACCACUGGUUUUCUGAGCUCGGUUAGUUAGGGUUUUGCUUUUUAGCUAUGGGAGGGGGGAUUUUUAGCUUUGGAAUAAUGCAUGUGAAGGUUAGGUGUUCUAGAGUGUGGAGGAAGAGAUUGAGCUGAUAAUAGGAUAGGUGAAUGUUAAUUCAGCAGUUUUUAGGGGUUUAGGAUUCGACGAUCGUUAAGCCCCGAGAAGCUGCUGCUGCACUGAGGAUUCGUUUAGCUCAUGCUUAUGAAAUUAGUUAAUUAAUAAUACACAUAUUUAUAUAAUAAGUUAAGAUUUAGAUAAAAUAAUAUGAAGCUUUCAACAUCAGGGUCUGGUCAGCAGCCUCAAGAAGGAGAAAAGAAAAGCUUGAAUUCGGAGCUAUGGCAUGCUUGUGCAGGCCCUCUUGUUUCCCUACCGACAGUAGGCUCUCGUGUAAUUUAUUUCCCUCAGGGUCAUAGUGAACAGGUUGCUGCAACUACAAAUAAAGAAAUCGAUUCUCACAUUCCCAACUACCCAAGCCUUCCUCCUCAAUUGAUCUGCCAACUCCACAAUGUCACAAUGCAUGCAGAUGUUGAGACAGAUGAAGUGUAUGCUCAAAUGACAUUGCAGCCAUUGACACCCCAAGAGCAGAAGGAUACAUUUCUUCCUGUUGAGUUGGGAAUUCCAAGUAGACAACCAACUAAUUACUUCUGCAAGACAUUAACAGCUAGUGACACAAGCACCCAUGGUGGCUUCUCUGUUCCUAGACGUGCUGCUGAAAAAGUUUUCCCUCCACUGGAUUUCUCUCAACAACCACCUGCUCAAGAACUUAUUGCAAGAGAUCUCCAUGAUGUUGAAUGGAAGUUCAGACACAUUUUCAGGGGGCAGCCGAAACGCCAUCUUCUCACUACAGGGUGGAGUGUGUUUGUUAGUGCAAAAAGACUCGUUGCAGGAGAUUCUGUUCUUUUCAUCUGGAAUGAGAAAAAUCAGCUUCUUUUGGGAAUCAGGCGAGCAAGUCGCCCACAAACAGUGAUGCCAUCAUCUGUUCUAUCAAGUGACAGUAUGCAUAUUGGUCUUCUUGCAGCUGCAGCUCAUGCAGCUGCAACUAACAGUUGCUUCACAAUCUUCUACAAUCCAAGGGCUAGUCCUUCGGAAUUUGUGAUUCCCCUUUCGAAAUAUGUGAAAGCUGUGUAUCAUACGCGUGUUUCUGUUGGGAUGCGUUUUCGUAUGCUGUUUGAAACUGAAGAAUCAAGUGUACGCAGAUACAUGGGGACAAUUACUGGCAUUGGUGAUUUAGAUCCUACUCGUUGGCCCAAUUCUCAUUGGCGAUCUGUCAAGGUUGGAUGGGAUGAAUCAACAGCAGGGGAAAGGCAGCCACGUGUGUCAUUAUGGGAAAUUGAACCAUUAACAACUUUUCCCAUGUAUCCAUCUUUGUUUCCUCUUCGGUUGAAAAGACCAUGGUACCCUGGAGCUUCAUCUUUUCAAGGAGACAGCAGAGAUGAUGCAGUCAAUGGAAUGGCAUGGUUGAGAGGGGAAACAGGUGAGCAAGCACUUAAUUCUCUAAACUUCCAAUCUGGUGGAAUGUUUCCAUGGAUGCAACAAAGGGUAGAUCCGUCAUUUCUCCAAACCAACCUCAACCACCAGUAUCAAGCUGCAUUAGCAGCAGGGUUACAGGGUGUAGGAAGUGGCGAUGCUUUGAAACAACAACUCUUACAAUUUCAACAACCUGUUCAAUACCUUCAACAUUCAACCCACCAAACCAAGAGAGUCAACAACAUCAGCAAAAAUCCAUACACGGAGACGUACAACAUGAUGCAAUCGAGUAUUCCCUCUCCUUCGUUUCCAAAGACAGACUUCAUGGAUCCCAAAUUCACUUCCAAUAUCGCCCCUCCUCCUCCUACCAUGUUGGGAUCCGAUCCAAAUUUUUCAAGAACCGGUCAAGGUCAAAGUCAAACACAAUCGUGGGUAUCGAAAUUUGGUCAACCACAAGUCAACACUUGUUCGACUUCACCCUUUCAAGGGAAAGAUGGAGGUAGUUCGAAUUCCAUUGAUCAGGAAUCUUCAAGUUUGGAUGCGACACAAAAUCACAAUUUAUUUAAUCAAAUUAACAUCGAUUCAUCCGGGCUUCUACUUCCAACAAUCGACACCACCGAUUUGUCCACAAUGCCUUACUACAUGCAAGACUCUUCCGAGUUGUUAACACCUACAGGAGGAGGAGGAGGAGGAGGACAAAUUGACCAAACUACCCCUAAUCGUAACCGGACAUUUGUGAAGGUUUAUAAAUCGGGGUGUGUAGGGAGGUCAUUGGACAUGAGCCGAUUCAACAGCUACCAUGAGCUGCGUGAGGAAUUGGGUGAAAUGUUUGGGAUCGAGGGUUUGCUUGAAGACCCUCAAAGAUCAGGCUGGCAGCUUGUAUUCGUUGACAGGGAGAAUGAUGUUCUUCUCCUUGGAGACGACCCUUGGGAGGCAUUUGUAAAUAGUGUGUGGUAUAUCAAGAUACUAUCUCCUGAGGAUGUGCAACAACUCGGGAAGCAAGAAGUGGAAUCCUUAGGAGGCCAAAACUCGGGUGAAAGAAUCCACAGAGACCACCUGUCUCUUUCGGGACUUCCUCCAUCGAUGGGGUCCGGAUCACUUGAUUUUUGAUCAAAAAGGGAAAAAAGAAACUGAGUCCGAGUUUCUUUUUUGGCUUGUUUUGGUCUGUUUUGAUUUGAUGCGUUUAGUAGGUAUUGUGUUAGCUCGCUCUCUGUGGAUGUGGAUGAAUACUUGUGGUAAUAAUUCCAAGUUUAGAACACAAUCUUUGACUUAUUAUGAGUGGUUGACUAUUGUGGAAUUGUAAUUUGACCAUACAUUUAUCAAUCGUGUGCGCUAUUUCUGUUUUCU